AGACCAGAGCCGCCGAGCAGCCCGUCUGCUGGGGAGAGUCAGAGGAAAAGUUAGUCAAGAUGGCAAAUCCCGCAGACCCGGAGUGAAGGGGCACCGCUCCCCCAGAAAAACCAGAGCCUGUCGCCCGUCCUGAGACAAACCCAACGAUGCAAACUGCGCCAGGAGGCUUAAGAGGGAUUCCCUGAAGAAAAAAUGCCAGUGAGGCUGAAGCUGAUGUGACACAGAGUGUACUGGAAGAAAGCUGACUCAUCAAAAUAUCAAUCCCUCUGGGAGCGAGUAAGCAGCACAGAGCAGCUCAUAUCACCUAAUGCCUAGCUAGAAGAGCACCUCAUCCCCCCCCCACACACACACAUACUCUAACAGAGAUUAUCAGACAGGAGAAGACGGUGCAGAAACCCCUCCAGCAGGAAUAUAUUCAGCACCGGCUGCAGGCGAAACAAAUUUUAGCACCAGAAAGCCUAACAGAGACUGCUGUCCCAGCUGGCGACAACGCUAAGAAUGGCAUCACAGUGCUUCAGCUGAUCCUCCCCAGCUGACUGACCUCCCUGCUUACAGAAACAUCACCAGUCAGCUGAAAAGACCACCGCCAUCCUCCAUCAGUUUUACCCAAACCAACAGUUUAAAGUCUGGGAGAGGUCGCUCUCUGUGAGUUGCUCCCCGUACCUCUCAGCCCAGCCCGGCACCACCACAACCAGUCGCCCUCCACCCCGUCUCGCAGACCAUGAUGUUUCGCGAUCAGGUGGGCGUGCUUGCCAGCUGGUUCAAGGGGUGGAACGAGUGUGAGCAGACGGUGGCUCUGCUGUCCUUGCUGAAGAGGGUGAGCCGGACCCAGGCCCGCUUCCUGCAGCUCUGUCUGGAGCACUCCCUCGCCGAGUGCACCGAACUGCAGGUCCUGGAGGGAGAGGCCAACAACCCAGGGGUGAUCAGCCAGUGGCAAGUUGAGUCUAAGGAGCGUGUCAUCUCGCUUGUCCUCACCCACCUCCCUCUGCUCAAACCUGGAAACGUGGAAGCCAAGGGUGAGUACAUGCGCUUACUGCCACGCAUCCUGGCCCACACCAUCGAGCAUGGCCAUCACCUGGUGGAGUCUCGCCAGCUCCUGUCCUACGCCCUCAUCCACCCCACCUCCCUGGAAGACCGGGCCGCCCUGGCACUCUGGCUAAACCACCUGGAAGAGAGGGCUGCUGCCCGGGGAGAUUCACUGGAAAGGCCUCCUCCUGCUGGGCCGCACCACCACCACCAUCACCACCACCAGUCCACGCCUCCAUCCACCCUCACCUCUUCAGGAUCCUCUUCCUCCACUAAUACCUCUUCAUCAGGCAAUCUCUACUCCUUGCAUCACCACCAGCGCUACGGCUCGGACGACCGACUCAAUGGGUGGCAGAGCUCCAGAGAUUCAGGGCUGGGCGGAGGCUGGCAUCAGCAGCAGCAGGGCUGUGAGAAUGGGCACCUCCUUCUCUACCCAUCAUCCUCUGUGCCGGCAACCAUUAACACGGUUGGAACUACUGGAGGUGGUAACACUAUCCUGACGAGUGGAGGUGGCAGCCAGCAGCACAGUCCCCUGAAGCGCUCCGUGUCCCUCACGCCUCCCAUGAGCGGCCCCAGCAACCAGCCUCUUGGCCAUGUCUGGCUGUCCCAGGAAGACCUACGAACCGCUAGAGGCCCAGCUCCAGACCACGCACCUCUCUCACCCCAGAGCAGCAUUGCCUCCUCGGGUAGUGGAGGCAGUGAGCAUCUGGAGGAGGCUGGUUUAGGAGGAGGUUCAGGUCUGCAUCGCAGUUCCUUCCAUGAGGAGGGCAGUGGCAUGAGGGAUGUUCCUGCGUGGCUGAAGAGUCUCCGUCUCCAUAAGUAUGCCGCUCUCUUCUCCACAAUGACCUACGAUGAGAUGUUGUCACUGACUGAACAGCAAUUGGAGGCACAGAAGGUCACUAAAGGAGCAAGACACAAGAUUGUUAUCAGCAUUCUGAAGCUGAAGGAGAGGCAGCACCUACUUCGCAGCCUGGAAAAGGAUGUGUUGGAGGGCAGUAAUCUGCGUGCCCCGCUGCAGGAACUCCACCAGAUGAUCAUGACGCCUAUCAAGGCUUUCAAUGGUGGUGAGGAUGGCUCCCUGCAGCGCCCCCUGCUGAGCCCUGAGGGCAAGAGUGCUGCGCCUGGCUCCCACCUGAGUGGCGGUGGCGGUGGGGAGGCUGAGUCGGGCACAAGUAUCAUCGCCGAGGGGGAUCUACCCGGCCAGUUUACGCGUGUCAUGGGCAAAGUUUGCACCCAGCUACUGGUGUCGAGGUCAGAUGAGGACAACAUUAGCUCCUACCUACAACUCAUCGACAAGUGCCUUAUCCAUGAGUCCUUCACUGAGACACAGAAGAAGAGGCUGUUGUCAUGGAAACAACAGGUCCAGAGGCUGUUCCGGUCCAUUCCAAGGAAAACCCUCCUUGACAUAGCAGGGUACCGACCGCAGAGGAGCCGUUUUGGCCAGUCCAACUCUCUCCCCACCACUAGCUGUGUUGGGGGCAGCGUGUCGGCCAGGAGGAGCCUUCGCCAGUUCCAAAUGCCCUCCAGGAGCUUACCGGGUGCCAGGCUGGGCCUGCUGGGCAGCGGGGGCCUGCUGGGACCUACACCUCGUAGCUCCAGCAGCACACCCACCGGUCCCAAACAGGGGAGACAGGGUCUGUGGUUUGCCAACCCCGGAGGAAGCAACAGCAUGCCCAGCCGGACACACAGCUCAGUGCAGAGGACCCGCUCCCUGCCCGUUCACACCACGCCACAAACCAUGGUCAUGUUCCAACAAACCGAUCUUCAGUUGCCAGUGACGGAGCCAGACAUCAACAAUCGCCUUGAGUCUCUUUGCCUGAGUAUGACAGAACACGCCUUGGGAGACGGUGCUGACCGCACAUCAACAAUAUGAAAUGAGGACCUGAGUGAGAGCAAUAGGGCAGCGCAGGCUCACGAGGCUCUCUCACGAUAAGUCACCUCGAGGUCACCAGCCCUCCUGUCCCCUCUCCCUGUAGCCAAUGGUAGAGCUCAACCAAAGGAUCGGGCGGGAUCCAAGAAACAAAGAGAGCCGAUCGUCAAACGGCUAACACAAGCUAUCUCAUUGGCACCGUCCAUCGGGUCGGAAAAACACACUUCCUGCUCCGCCAGCAUGCUCACAGUCACCUGCAUCUGGGUGAGGAGAGAUAAAAGCUUUCAACACAUCCUGGACAGUGUGUGAACAGCGCCCCCCCCAGGGGAGGCCAGAAGCAGUACUGCAGUCCAGUGAGUCCCAGCAGAAGGGAGACGCUGGCCUGUGGAUCAGGGCCCAGUGAGACUGAGGCCCUUUCCCUCUCCGACACCCUCUGGUCCCCGCACAUCGACCACAGCUCGUGGCAUCUUUCAAAUCCAUAGCAGUACCUCAGACCCAAAAACAAGACAAGCAGAGCAAGAAGGAUGCAGAAGGAAUUUUCGGAUUUCCUUCCUGUUUUCAGUGAGGCCUGAGUGUCCAGCUUGGGAAGGCCUCUUGCUCAAUAUUGGGUGGCAAAAAAAUCUUUUGUUUGUAUUGUAUGUAUUUAUUGUUUACAUAAUGAUGCUACUUUCAAAGGGUACAGAUACAUGUAUAAAUUUCAGGUAUGAAUCGUGUAGUACUCUGUAAAACCAUGGCUGGCUGUCUACCAGCUUUACGUCCCAUGAGUAGCCAUCACGCUAGUUUACAACCAACGUGCUUAUUCUUUAUUUCAGCAGUCAACAACAAAAGACGUGUUGGCUUUUACCGAGAGAGGAGAGCGCGAGAGGAGGAGGUAGAGCAGACGUGUAAAGAGAGAGGAAGAAGGUGAUGCGGAGAAAGACACAGAAAGUAGUGGAAGAAAGAAUCAAGCUGAAGUGACACUGGAAAGGGAAGCGGAUGUUUAAAGGAGGAAGACAUCAGAGGCAGGACCUUUGAUCGGCUGAAGAUGAGGGAGGAAGAUGAUGUCAUGUCUAACCAUAUCGUGAGUCUGUCCUCGACAGCGUAGGAAGAAGUGAAUUUGGCACCUGUCAGUUCAAUAUUGUUUAUCCAUAACAUGUACUGUAUAAACUCUUUGAAUUCAGAGCCUUUGCUGGCAUAAUACAUUGAAAAUGUAGGUUUUUAUACACGUAAAUGGGAGAUUAAUACGGCUGUUUCAUCAGUGGGAUAUGUCUGCAUGUUCAGAUACUGGGUUUAGUUGUUAUUCUAAAGCAGGGUGAUAUGCUUAAGCUGCAUGUCACGACUAAAUAUCUUUCUUGGAGGAAAGGAAGAUUGUGAAAUGUGGAGCGGAGAAGAUGGCAGAAAAAAAAGCAGGAGGUUGAUUUGGUUUCCAAUCUGACCACGUUGUUGAGAGGAUUUCAGCAUUGGAGAAAUCGCACGCUGUCAAUCCAUGAAGGGUUUUCCCAGAGAUUGUCUCAUUAGUGCUUAGCUCCACCUGCAGGCCAAACACUGUCAUGGCGGGAACAGAUGCUGAAGUCCAUGGACACACAGGCACUCUGCAGAUCAUUGAAAAAUCUGCUAUGAGUAACAUUCGGGGAAAUAUCAGAUUGCCCAUGUAACAUGGUCUUCUGUCGGUUCUGUCAGUGCAGGCCUACGUGGAAUUUAUUUUUAUUCUUUUUAAUUCUGAAUCUCAUGGUUAUUCUGUGUCUUAAUAUUUAUCCUCAGUUUAUUGUGUCUGGAAUACAGACUUUAUAAGAAUAGGUUUAUAUUGAAAUAAGCUGGUUAGGAAACUCCCCUCUGUGCUGCUUUCAACUGAGCACAUGUGCCGAGAGUCCUGACCUUGAGUGGUCGACGUUGAGGGUUAUUGAUUAUAACUGUUUAGUUUCUUCAUAACUUUGUUGCAGUCAUGUAGUGCUCCUCUUGUAUCCUGCACUUGAUAUGAUAAUGUGAUAACACUAAAAUCCAGAUGUUCAUAGCUCAAUAACAGUUUUGUGCUUUGGAGUCGGAUCAAGCAGAUUAAAGAGAGCUUGGCACUUGCUCUCGAUUGUCGAGCUGCAGUCUCAGCAGACAGACAAAAGUCAAGCGGAGGAACCACAUCAGGUGGCGAUGUUGAAUCCCGCAGCCGAGACGAGAAGCUCCUGACGCCUCUCACUGACCUUAAAUGAUUUCUGUUUGUCUGAUGUUGGAGUUGAAAAUGCUCUCUUCUUAAGUCAGGGCUGAAUCGUCCCACACAGGUACAGGACCAUACCAGUGAGUGCAUGUCUUAGCCCAGUCACUACCAUUUGAAUACACAUUACAUUACUACCAACUAUUUUUAGAUAUUUUUAUGUUUUUCAAACCUUUCAGGCAAACAUAAGUUUCUAUUAAUUUUAUAAGGGUUGUAAAAUGAACCCAUAUAAUCUUCUGAGAAAGUCAAUCCAUCACAGUAAUCAUUGUGUCUGUGUUUACUUGUGUAAUAUCCAUUUGUUUGAUGCUUUUAAAAAAUCUGCACCUACAAAUGAAUUAUCACACAAUAUAUUUUCUUGAUAAAUGCCGGCAUGACGUUUGCAGUCUUGAAUCACCUUCUUCUUAAGCUUCAGGUCUGUGCAACCUCAGUUUCAUAGCGUAAUAGAAACAACUAUUUGGAAAACAGUUCCAAAACAAGUUUGGAAAAAUUAUAAUGUAUAAAUCUAAAACACUACAGUACACUUUUAAAAUAUCCAGUAGUGAUGUAUUCAGCGUGUGACCUGUAUUAAAGCUAAGACGUGCAGAAAUUCUGUUAUGCCUUAUUCUGCCUGUGACAGGCCCGCCUGGAGCCCAAACCGCCAUCUUGAGUGGUUGAAUGUGGCUUCAGAUCCAGUGAUGGUGGCUCAAACCUGCAGUCUGGAUCUGUGCACGCUCAAACAUUCACACACCCUCGGCAGAUAAAGUGUGUGUUACAGCCGUGACAUCGUGCACACCGUUUUUGUCUCAGUGUUUCGAGCGUUUGUGUGUUUCCCGCUCUUAUACUCUGAGUCUAUAAGAGCCGGUCAAACGUCAUCAGUAUGUUUGUAAACGAAGAUGAAGAUUCCACCAAAGCAUGAAUGUGACAUGAACCCAUUUUAAUCCUAAAUGGGGAAACUGACACUUUUGACAACUGUUGUUUUUUUUUUUCUGAUGCUCCUCACUGAGAAGCAGAUGGUUUCAGUGUCACUGCCAUAUGAAUCAGUACUUAAAGUAGAGACAACUAUUUAUUCUUUUUUUUUUUCUUUAUUUCUUUUUGCAGAGGUGAUACUUUUACUCAUUUAGGUGUAUUAUUAUUUAAAGUACCAUAUGUAUUAACAUGUUAUGGCUGGUGACCAUACGUACAUCUCAAAUAUUAACAUAGUUAUUGUUGACGUUGACUAUUUUUUCUUUUUUUGUUGUUGUUGUUGAACUAUAACCUUGUUUGUAUCUAUCAGUGUCGCGUUGAGAUUUUUCAUGUGAAGCUUCGCUGUCGGAGCGAAGACGGAGCCGGUCCAUCAGAGACAUGGACUCAUGUUCGGUUGCAGAAAUUCACGUUGGACGAGCUGUCUGCAAACAAAACAGCGGUGUGUUGUUGUUGUAGUCUUUGGCAGGCCAGGAAGUAGACUGGUCCAUUCUGAUCUGGAGUCUGACCCUAGUGCUGUGGACGUAUUGCCACCUAACUCUUUGCUCAUAAGUGGGAGAGGCUUAUACUGUAGGUUGUUCCUAGGUGUGUUACAUUUAAAGGAUAAGGCCGGCAUUAUUCUAUAUUUUCCUUAUUGUGAACAGAUCCCGUGGAAAGACCAAAACCAACAAUGUGUUUGUUCUUCUCGCAUUACUUCCCCAUCUUGUCUGUCACAACACUAAGGCUGUUGGUUUCUACUGAACAGGUGUUAAACAGGUCAGAAAUAUUUUGUUUCAUAUUUUUUUUAGAAGUCUCUGUGAUUUCUGAAACAGCUGGUCACUAUAUUUUUGAAGCAAACAUUACUGACAGGAGGCAUUUGUUGGGGACUACUUUCAGCAGCGGAUAAAUCCACAUGUUGUGCUCUAGUGAGUACUUGGCAGCAGGGCAGCUUAUGUGGGAUUGAGUCAAAAUAAACUUUGGUGUGUGUUCGUGGUGAUGCAGGAACAUGUCAGCCAGUGUGGCUCCUUGAUUUGUUUUUAAUAUAUUUUGGACAUUCUGUUGCUUGGAGAGGGAUACCUUGUUAGGAUUGUUGGUUUGGGUCUUCGUAGGAUUUGUUGAUAUUAAGAAAAGUAGAGCGAGCACCAAAUUUAUCCUUGUCAAAAUGUUUUACAUCAGUCAGUAAUGUAAUCGAAGGGAUUAUUGAAACUGUAGUAUAUUUGCAGUAUUUUUAUUUACUGUCAUAUCACUUUGCCAUGUUUGAAUUAUAAAAGGUGUUGAUAGAAAGUUCAGGAGAUUUAUUUCAAGUGCUCGUCUGUGCCACAUUUUUAUAGAAACACUCACAGACGGCGUUUAAAUAACCCGAGUUUAUGUGAUUUUUCUAGGAGACAUAACAAAGUAAAGUUGCAUGUUUUGUAUGUGUAGAGUUGACUUCAACACCACAGGCCUCCAGUUUCUACUCAACCCUGGUUUCCUGCAGCAUCUCUGGGUCAAACAGACGUCUAUGUGAACAGAACCUGUGACGGACAUAGGAGGGUUACAGCUCUGAGGUCUGGAUCAUUACACAUCUCUUCAAACCAAAUGCUUUAUUUUUUAAAUGCAUAUCAGCUCAGUGAGUGUCCAGGAGCGCUUCUAACGCUGUGCACACUGCAGUAUUAACAGUUAGAUAACGCCUUGAUAUUCCAAAAACAUUUAAUGUACUUUAAGUCGAGAUAUAUAUGCUGUUUUGUAUCUUUUAUUUUUGUCAUAGAUUCUGCGAUGCCAAGACUUUUUUUUUGUUUGUUUGUUUGUUUUGUAAAUUUUAACAGCAUCCAUUCUGUAACAAAGUGUUACCGCUUGACUGUGCUCCUUUUGUUUCAUUUAGUUUUAUUUUAUCAAAGAGCCGAUGUCCUGUAUUGACUGCAGGCUUACGUAUAUAUUUGACAAAAGAAUAUUGUAUGUUUAAUAAUAAAAAAAAAAACAACACAAAAAAGACAAAAAAAAUUGAAGAAAAAAAGAAGAGGAGAACAUUGGGGGAAAAAAAGUGUAAUUUAUAUUUUAAAACUGCAUGCACAAGGCUGGGAAAGUCAUAUUUAGAAUAACAAAUGGCAGUGCCUUUUUUGUACUCGAGACAUUCACCCCAAAUGUAAAUGGUUUUAUAAAGACUUUAAAAACUGUAAUGUUACAGGAUGAAACAAGCGACAUCUGUGUUGGGUCACGUUCACACUGCAACUGCAACCUAAUUCAGAUUGUUUCCCUUCUCUGCUGUAUGAUUCGUGGAUUUUUUUUUAUGUAGAUACAGUACAGGGGGAAGAAAAGAAUACAUUGAUUAAUCAGUUUUUCCAAACCUAAUCAUGAAUCUGAUCCAUAUGUGACCAUAUUAUUGAUGCUGGUUUUAUGUUGCAUAUCCACAGAACUGAUCACUGUGUCCUUAUGUUUGAUGUUCAUAGACGACAAACAAAGAUAAUUUCAUUAUUUUAGUUUUUUUGGGGGGGGGGGGACUCUUUAAAUGUGGCUGCAGCACCCACAUCAUCCCCACAAUGAUAAAUAAGUGUUCGUCUUGGUUAAGUUCUGCCACCACUUAGUAUUAUUUUCAUUAUUGAUUAAUUGGCCGUUUCUUUCAAUUAAUCUUUCUCGAUAUUUGAUUAAUCAUUUGGCCUAUAAAUUGUCAGAAAUGAGUGUGUCUUCAAAUAGCUUGUCUGACCAACAGUCCCAAACUCGAAGAUAUUCAGUGUAUAAAAAAGGGAAGCAGACUACAAUAGAUAUAUAUUGGCACAUUAGAAACUGUUGUUUAUAAAAUUCAGUCACAGCAUAAAGUCAAUAAAACUGCAUUUUCACAGCAGAAGAUUGUUUUCUGUUUUGCUCUGUACAUUUAAAGCGAUGAGCUAAUGUCAUAAAUAAUUUUGAUUAGUGACAAAAGGAACAGUGGUAUCAGUUCAGUACUCUGUAUCAGUGGAUAAGUUCAGGAUCAGUAUCGGUUGAGACAAUCUCCCAAAAUCCAACAAGUAAAUUAUCGUUUCAUUUAUCUGAGCAGCACCUGGUCUGAAAACCCUUCACCAGUGCAACAACAUAAAUCAACUCUAAAGUAAAAUUACAUCAGUGAUAUCCGGAGUAUUGCUCAUCUUUUACAACCUCACAGUCAAGUCAUUAAAAUAAACUUUUUGAGCGUCAGCAGUCAAAAAUUAAAGCAGCUUCACGUCUCUAAAAAAAAGCAAAAUGUGAACAUUCAAACUCGAACUUGAAUCUGAUUUGCACGUUGAGUGCAGUGUGAACGUGGCCCGCGGCGGUGAACUCGGUCUGUUGUGUCUGUGCUCUGUUGGUACUUUUUUAAUGCUGAUAUGAAGAUAUCAAUUAUUCUGGUCUGUACAAAAAAAAAAAAGAAAUGUGUGAAUGGCUGCGUGACAGUGAGGAUGUUUGCGUUUGUGUGAAGACAUUCAAGUGUUCAAUGUGUCUUGCUGUAAUUUUGUCGCGACGUACCAGAAUGCUGUGACUUAGCAUGCCCCUGUUAUACAUAAAAAUACAAGUUGUAACUCCUC